UCCUUCCCCUGCGGCUUCUGGAAAAGUGCCCACAGAGGCCUGCCAUGUGCAUGCUGGGAGCAAGCCCCCUCAGGGUCAAAAGCUGCCAGCCCUCCAGAGCCUCAGGUCCCCGGGGGAUGCCGUCACCCAAUGUCUCUCAGUUUUGUGAAGAACCCAAACCUGGAGACCUGAUUCAGAUUUUCCGCAUUGGCUACGAGCACUGGGCCAUCUAUGUGGGAGACGGUUAUGUGAUCCAUCUGACUUCUCCAGGUGAGUUCCCGUGGGCUAGAUGCAGCAGCAUGUUCUGUGCUCUGAGCAACAAAGGAGUAGUAAAACGGGAGCUCCUGCGGGACGUGGUGGCGGGCUGCCGCUAUAAGGUCAACAACCUUUUGGACAACAAGUAUAAACCAAAACCUGUGAACCAGAUCAUUUACUCUGCGAAGCAGAAGGUUGGUCAGGAGAUGGAAUACAAUCUUCUGCACAGGAACUGUGAGCACUUUGCCACUAGCCUGAGAUAUGGUAAACCGGAGAGCAGGCAGGUCCAGGAUGCCCUUGUGGUGACUGGCAUCACAGGAGCCGGCUUGGCAACCAUGAGCCUCAUUGGAGUCAUGUUCUCAAGAAACAGGCGGCAGCAGCAAUGAGUUGAAGAGCCCGUCCCGUCAGCAGUGACUUUGUCCAUUUAGGGGAUCUCGUUGCCCCGGAGGUUUUGAGGUUUGGUCUGUGGAUUUCAUUCUGUUUGACAAUAAGGCUUAUUUUUACAGAGUAAAAUAAAACCCAACAAGGGAGCACUUUACUGGAGGAGACGCAGCAAGAACUGGCUGGUGUGAAGUGUGUGGAGGCGCAGCUGGGCUCUGGACCUGGCCACGCACGGUGGCGCCCUGGGCUUCGGCCCUUCUCUCUCCCUUUGGGUCUGUGGCUGUGUUCUUUGUCCUGCAGGAGCCAGUCCGGCUCCAGCUGUUUCAAGUCACGGGUGUUUCUGGUUGUGGGGAGACAGGGGAACGGCAAGGGAGACACGCGGGCCUGGCCGAUGGGCAAGAGCAGGACCCAUCAGACAACUCGGACCGUCGGCCUGGGACUAGAGCCGACACGGCUUCUCGGACUCCGCAGCUGCAGUCUGUGGCUGUUCGGUGGAGUCCACACCAAACCAAAGCAAACGUCUGCCAUGAGGAAAGUCAGUAAAGGCUCUUGCCCAUCUCGUGAAA